AUGUCGUCUUUCUUCACUCUGCCGGCAUCGCAGAGAAAGCGAAAGCGAACGGAGGCGCCUUCAUCAAAGCCUUCAGGUCCAGGCAGGCGGACGACGAAGACCGACGAAGAAUCAAUAUCCGGCUCAGAUGUGUCGGAUGAAGAUGCGCCGGCUCGAGAGGUCGGCGCUGAGGAGUCUGAGGAUGAGGAGGAAGAGUUUGGAGACGAAGAUCCAGCGGCAAAACGCAUCCGCCUUGCAGAACAGUAUCUGGCCAACACACAGCAGGAAGUGCUCGAAGAUGGCGGCUUCGAUGCAGCGGAGGUCGAUCAAGAGAAUCUCCGACGGCGCAUGGGCGAGAGGCUGAAGCAGGACACCGCUGAGAGCAAAGGCAAGCUAUACAAGUGGGUGGCAGAGGGCUUGGACUGGCGAGGAGCAACAACGAGAGUGCUUCGGUCGAAGGACGUGGGCAAAAGCCUGAAUGGUGUUGCGAUCCACGGCCAGAACAUCUUCGGUGUGAGCAAGGACAUGCAUAUCGUGAAGUGGGAUCCACCAGAAGCGGCAGAAGGCGUGAAGAAUCGACGUCCGAGGAAGACAUGGAAAGUGAUGCGACGGACUCAUGGGGCCCGUAAAGGAAAACAAACUCAACACCACCACAGCGAUAUACUAUGUGUGGCUGCUUCUGAAGACGGGAAAUUCCUGGCUACAGGCGGCGCCGACAGGAAGCUGAUUAUCUGGGACGCCACAUCGCUGAAGCCGCUCAAGGUCUUCAAUCAGCAUCGUGAUGCGGUCACAGAGUUGGCAUUUCGAAAAGGGUCCAAUCAGCUAUUCUCUGCCAGCAAAGAUCGGACUGUAAAGAUAUGGUCACUCGACGAGCUUGCCUACGUGGAGACGCUUUUCGGGCAUCAAGACGAGGUGGUCUCUGUGAGUGCACUGUCCCAAGAGAAGUGUGUCACUGCUGGGGCGAGAGACCGGACGGCGAGAUUGUGGAAGGUUGUGGAAGAGUCGCAGCUUGUCUUCCGCGGUGGUGGCGCGCCGGGCACGCACAAAGCACUUCAGUCAUUACGAAAAGCAUAUGAGGAAGAUUCAGGUAUUGAGAUACAAGACGACGAAGCCUAUCAUGAAGGGUCAAUCGACCGAGUGGCCAUGGUCGACGACGACACUUUCAUUACGGCAUCCGACAACGGCGCAAUGUCACUCUGGAACAUCAACAAGAAGAAAGCUGUGUACACCUUGCCGCUCGCGCAUGGUCUGGAUCCGCCAGUCGCGCUCAAUCAAGCCAGUGCGGAGCAGGAACCUGACGAGACGCUAGAUGAGAAAGGCAGAGGAGGUAAGCAGCCUCGCUGGGUCACUGCGCUUGCGGUGGUACCUUUCAGCGAUGUCGUGAUCAGCGGCAGCUGGGAUGGAUACGUCAGGGCGUGGAAGAUCAGCCAGGACAAACGACGGAUCGUGCCACUAGGCGCGAUAGGAGUUGCGGAAGCCGUUGAUACUCUUUUGAAGCGCGAAGGUCUCAGCUCGGACUCCAUCAGCAAGGACGCGCUCGAUGCUAUGCACAAAGGCGUAAGCGACGAGAAGCGCAUCAAUGGCAUCGUCAACGAUCUAGCAGUUGUCGAAACGGGCGACAGAGGCAAGGAGUCGUUACUGAUUGCGGCAGCUGUGGGGAAGGAGCAUCGUUUGGGCGGAUGGAAGAAUUAUGAGGAUGGGAAGAACUGCGUGGUGGUGUUCCAAGUGCAUCGGAAAACUCUGGCCGCCGAGACAGAUGAAGAACUGACUGGCGUGGGAUCACUGGAGGAAUCCCAUGAAGACGCCGAGUUUGAGGGACUGGACUGA